AGUCAUAUUCUUGGCGUCGUUUUCUUUUUUUAAAUGUUGACUGUGAAUAAGCACCAGUGAAUGAUGAUGUGACGGGGGGAAAUAUUUUUCUUCUAUCCUUUCUUGUCUGAGACCCUUUUUAAUCCUCAUCUUAUUCCAAUUAUUGAUGGCGCGGCAACCAUCGCUGACCUCCACUGAUACUGCUAAAUCUUAGUAGUAGCAACGCUUGUCUGGCAUCGCCCAGUUCCACGAGGACCCACCUUCUUCUCCCUUUGGACCGGAUCUACCAUUUUCAGAGUCUCAUAUCAUCUAUCCUCCGACGAUGGCGACGACUACUACAAAUAAUAGCAAUAAUCCUCCUUCCGCUCACCAGAACCCGCAGGACGCAUACCUGAUGCCCGCUAGUUCGGCGGGGGGUCGUCCAGGCAGCGCUGAUUACCGCCCGAGCACCAGAAAGCUCCAGGGUCAUGUUCCCGCUUGCUUGGUCAAUGCCUCGGUGACGUAUUACACCAACGAUCUGAUUUAUGCCUUUGGGGGGUUUGAUCAGUAUACCGAUGAAGUGUACAACCAUGUCUUGCGACUAGAUUUAAAAACCUCACACUGGGAGUUGGUGGAUAAUUUUGGUGACAUUCCCGGUGUCCGUAUGGGCCACACUGCUUCCCUCUACCAAGGGGACAAGUUGAUUGUGUUCGGUGGUGAAAAUGAGCAUCGUGAACACCUAUCCGACGUCAUUGUUUUCGAUAUCCCUACGGCGACUUGGACUCAACCGGAGAUUCGUGGACAUAUCCCGAAAGGCAGGGCGCGCCAUGCGGCUGUCAUCGACGACGACAAACUCUUUAUCAUCGGCGGGGUAAUUGGGGAGAAUAAUGUCAUUCUAGAUGACCUCUCAUAUCUGGACCUCAAAACAUGGACCUGGUCUCGCACCUGGAGUUUCACCCCUCGCUUCGACCAUAUCGCAUGGGUUUGGGGCGGCCGUCUCUGGAUCUUUGGAGGACUUGGUCCGGAUAUGGAACGUACGACUGAUAUCUGGUGGCUAGACCUCAAAGGAUCCUCGUCUCUUGGAUUUGCCGCCUCACAAGGUACCGUGGAUUCCCCAAGGACGGUUGGCAGAAUGACUCACAGGACAGGCGCAUUUUAUCAUCCAUCGCAGCAGCGGUCUGGUAGUUACCAAGCGAAUUCGGGAAGUUUGCAAGCUCGCAACAUCACUAGUCGACGCAAGCCAGCUGCUCCUGGAGCCAUCUCAUCUCACCGGUUCCAUUCAGGUCCUCAUGUGCCUGCGCUCUUCUCGGGAACCCAUUUCCAAGCCUACGCAUCCGGGGUUCUAUUGGAUCUAAUCACACCAUCUGAAACAGUGCGAACCUACGAUUGCAAUCUGUCAUCGCUGGAACUCGAUUCGUUACGUUGGCAGAAACUGGCUGACGGACAGGAGAUUUUCAAACCCGGACAUCGAUGGCACUACUGCACAAUCGACAGCACUGGCACUAAAGCCUGGUUACUGGGUUGCAGCCUCGACGGUCACGUUACCGGUUCCGCUGAUGAUAACCACAUGGACGAAAUCCUUUGCAUCGACCUGGAAAGAUAUGGACUCCUGGGCAACAACCUAGGGGCCGGUUCCCCCGACCAAAGCAGGGUUCUGGGCUCUGACCGAUCAGGAUUAUCCUCCAUGUCAGGAUUAGGUGCAGAUCUUUCUGCAGUGUUUGACCAGUCUCCAGAAUCUGGUAGCGGGGCCGAUUUCACGAUCACUGCAAACCAGGAUGAUUAUGAGGACUCGGAAGAAAUGACAGAGGUUUCGGUUAUUUCGGAGUCUCAACCGGCAUUUCUCCCACCAAACGCUGAUGUCUCAUCUCCAAUAUAUGUGCAUCGAAUUAUUCUGGAGCUCAGAUGGCCGCAUUUCAAGCGACUGUAUGCCUCCCGGAUGGCAGAGUAUCAUUCAAAGAGAAUGCAUAUCCCCGAGCCAUACUCGGUGGUACGUGCUUUUCUGUUUUAUCUGUAUACUGAUAGUAUUUCGGGUCACCCGGAAUACUGCUCCGAUAUCAUCGAUGUGGCAGGUAUGUUGGUCAUGGCAAAUCUAUACGACAUGCCAAAGCUGCGUCUGCUGUGUGUCAACCGGCUGAGCCGGGAGCUGGAUGUGGAGAAUGCCGCUAUUAUUUGGGAACGAGCAGGGCGAACAAAUGAAGAAUGGCUGAUGCGCCGUGCGGCUCAGUUCUGUCUCACCCACUGGGGCCGCGUCGUCCGAACUGAGGGCUUCAGAUCACUGAGCCGACAGAGUUUGAUUGAGCUGUGUGAAGUGGUUGACAUGGAAGGCCGGAUUCUCGCUGGACCUGAAUUGGAAAUGGUUGGAGCUCUGGGGCCAGACGGAUUGGGUGCAGGUCAAACGUCCAAGCGACCACGAUUGGCUCUUGGAAACUCUACUGUUGACGAGAUGGAUGAGUAUGAGGGAGAUGAUGUUGAAGGGAUGGAGAUAUCAUGAAUGAACCGAGCAAACGACCGAUCAACGAUGCAUUUUGGUGUUUUGGGAAUUUUGAGCAGAGGUAGGAAGGGAUUUCGGGUAUUUUUUUUUCGGGGUUUAUUGUUUAUGGAGUACUCAUGGCGUGUUAUUUAUUUGCAUCUCAGCCCUGCAUCAUUUUCGAUAGCG